GGGGCGGGCUGAGGCUCGGCCGCGCAGUGCCAGCGCCAGCGCCAGCGCCAGCACCAGACCCGCGCCCCGCGCUCUCCGGCCCGCUGUCUGCGUUCUGGCUCGCGAGCCCGCACUCUCGGCCUGCCCGUGCGCUGCCCGAGUAUGGAGCUGCUGUGCUGCGAGGGCACCCGACACGCGCCCCGGGCCGGGCCGGACCCGCGGCUGCUGGGGGACCAGCGUGUCCUGCAGAGCUUGCUCCGCUUGGAGGAGCGCUACGUGCCCCGCGCCUCCUACUUCCAAUGUGUGCAAAGGGAGAUCAAGCCGCACAUGCGGAAGAUGCUGGCGUACUGGAUGCUGGAGGUGUGUGAGGAGCAGCGCUGUGAGGAGGAAGUCUUCCCCCUGGCCAUGAACUACCUGGAUCGCUACCUGUCCUGCGUCCCCACCCGAAAGGCGCAGUUGCAGCUCCUGGGUGCGGUCUGCAUGCUGCUGGCCUCCAAGCUGCGCGAGACCACGCCCCUGACCAUCGAAAAACUGUGCAUCUACACCGACCACUCUGUCUCUCCCCGCCAGCUGCGGGACUGGGAGGUGCUGGUCCUGGGGAAGCUCAAGUGGGACCUGGCCGCGGUCAUUGCCCAUGAUUUCCUGGCCCUGAUUCUGCACCGGCUCUCUCUGCCCCGUGACCGACAGGCCUUGGUCAAAAAGCAUGCCCAGACUUUUCUGGCCCUCUGUGCUACAGAUUACACCUUUGCCAUGUACCCGCCAUCCAUGAUCGCUACAGGCAGCAUUGGGGCUGCAGUGCAAGGCCUGGGUGCCUGCUCCACAUCUGGGGACGAGCUCACGGAGCUGCUGGCAGGGAUCACGGGCACUGAAGUGGACUGCCUGCGGGCCUGUCAGGAGCAGAUUGAAGCUGCCCUCAGAGAGAGCCUCAGGGAAGCCGCCCAGACCUCCCCCAGCCCCGCGCCCAAAGCCCCCAGGGGCUCCAGCAGCCAGGGGCCCAGCCAGACCAGCACUCCCACAGAUGUCACAGCCAUCCACCUGUAGCACCAGAGAGGCCCCCUCGAGUGGCCUCCAACAGCAGAGGAGGGGACACUGCCACCCCCCUCCCUGCCAGCAGGAAGGAACCACGCCACAUCUGAAGCCCGAGGGGGCUCCUCCUUACUCACCCCUUGUGAGCCGAAGGGGUCAGGUCCUACCUAUCCCUCAGUGUGCACUAAGGGGCCCAUCCAGCUGCAUCUGGUGGCCAGACGACUCCUUCUCCCUGCAUCUAACCAGGUCAGCUCCUUCCCAUUCUAGCUGGGGAUGGGCCAGGCUGAGGCUGACCAGAGAUGAAAUUGAAGUUGGUAAAGUACCCGUACCAGCAAUCGUUUUGGGAGCUCCCUUAUCCCUGGGGCUCUCAACUGCCAAAAUGCCCUGGUGCCUUGUAAAGGUGUUGCACCUUCUACUUAAUACAUUUAGAUUGGGGUCUUUCUGAAGAACCCUCAGAUGUUCUAGACGUGUGUGAGGAGAAUCUGGACAUCUCUUCUCAAGGCACUUGGAGGCCCCUGCAUAAUCCGUGCUCACAGCUGCUCCUAGAGGGAGGGGCCCGGCCUCUGUCUGAGGGGCAGGAACCAACCUCCUUGCUUUGCUUUCUGCUCAGCUUCUCCUGUGUGAUUGAGGGGAAGGGGGGGAGGGGCACUGCCGAAGGAAGAGGUUGUUUUAAUUUAUUAAUUGCUUUGAGUAUAAGAGGGUGUGGUGGGGCCCAUUUACCCCAAAAGUGGUGGUGACCCUGGUGGUUGCUGCAUCCCUCCCCUCUGCUACUGGCUGGAGGACCUGUGUGGCCGAGGAGCUGCUACAGCCUGCGGUGGGGCCGUGCCCUCCUCUCCCUUUGGUCCUCUGCCUGGUCCUCCAGGGUGGGGGAUGAAGCAGGGAUGACCUGGAGGUGACUGAGCUCCCUGUCUGGAGAGGGGGGCAGAAGCCCUGUUGACACAGGUCUUUCCUGAGGCCACAGGUCCAGGCUGGUGGCUCAGGACCAUCAUGCUACCUUAAUAAAGAUUCUGGAAUAAAA